UUAUUCAGCUGCUGCAAAUUGAGUCCAUUGUUUUUAUGAAAAAAGUCUUACUAAAUAAGAUUUAAAGAGAUUAGUGACAUUUAGGACUGGGCUAUGUUAAACAAUGUCAUUUUCAGUUAUUUUUAUGAGAACAGACAGUGCAUCACACAUUGAGAUAUUAAAGAGACUACAGCACUCUCAUUUACUGCACUGACCUCCUCAGGUUUAUAUAGUUUAUUUUGAUCAAGUAAUUUUUUUAAUCAAUCAUUGGACAGAUUACUUUGGAGAUAUGAUUAAGUCAUUUUCUGUGUAUUUACGGCUUUGGAUUUUCUAUUGGGAUAACUCACAUUUCUUCUCUCAUGUUCAUCAGCUGGUCUGCCUGUUCCUGUCAUCAUCAGAAACUCUUCUCAAUGUUCUUCAUCAUCAGAAAGAUCUUCAGUGUCAAUAUGUGUGUUGUUGUGUUCUGUGAUGAAUGUGACACAUGUGAGUCUCUCCUGGUACAAAGGAAAGAGUUUAUUGUCCAGCAUCAGUGUGUCUGAUCUCAACAUCAGACUCUCUUUACCUCUGGAGGUGGAAUAUCAGGACACAAACACAUACAGAUGUGUCAUCAACAAUCCCAUCACAAACUACACACAACAUCUCAACAUCACUCAUGUCUGUCAGCCAUGUUCAGAUUCUUCCCGCACACAUAUAAUUCUCGCAGUAAUUAUAUCUGCAGUUCUGGCUGUACUUGCACUAGGUGUUAUCUACAUUCUCUGCAAGGAACGCAAAAGAGACCAGUUAGAAGGUAGAUUUGAACCACCUGAACAUACAGUGGAAACAUCAGAAGAGGAGGUGCAUUACGCUGAUACAAUGUUUUGUAAACAAAAUCCACAAGAAAAGAGACUGUGUGAAUCAGAAACAAUAUACUCUAGCGUGAUGACAUGAAUCAGUCGGCUGUGAAUCAGUGACAAGCUCCAGUAUUUAAUUUCAGAUGCAUUUGUCUACAUUAAAAACACUGGAUUGUGAGGUUUUUGUUCUUGAAUGUAUUUUCUUUAGGUUUAACGAAGUGCUUUGUAUUCUUUGAGCCUGAAGCAGUCUUUGUAGCAAAGAAGCUCAAGGGAAUUUUUCAACUGAAGUCAUUUAAGUAUUUUUCAUUUUGUUAUUUGCAUAUACACACAAAUGUUAAAUCACAAAAACCAUUUGGGUAAGUCCACCAUAGCAUUAUGGUCUUUGAUUUCAUCACGCUAAGUUUUUGAUGUUAUAUUUAUUUCACCUUUUUUCAUUUUUAUUUUGCAUUUCAACUCAAAUGUUACAAUGUGAACUUGACCUAUAGACACACUGGAGUCUAAAGCCUUUUAAAGCCAAACACGAUUUUGAUCAAUAUGUUUAGUCCCUUUCAACAUUUGUUAUGUCCUCUGUUGAUCCAUUUAUUAUAUUUCUAUUCUGAGGAUAACUGGCUUGUACAGAAAGCCACAAGAACCCACCCCGACUGAAUUUCUGCAGAGCAUCAUAUCACAUUACACUCGCUUUUCUGCAUCUGCUGAUAUUCAAUACGACUCUGUUAUCUGUGUCUCUCCUUUUAUUCUUUGUAAAUCUGCUCCGUUCUCUAUACCAUUUCAUUAUUUUAUUGCAAUUUUGAAGCAGCAUUUGUUUGCUGCAUGUGAAUAAUGUAUAUGUAAUUGUAAAUGUGAACAGUUUUUUUUCUCUCUGAUGAAGGAAAACAUUAACUUUUUUAGUUUGCAGUGUUUUCUAUGCUAUAAAUUGUGCAUGAAACGACUAUUGCCAUCAUCCGUCCAUAUUAAUGAAUGUCACCAGUGUGAUGAUGACUAAACUAUUAAAGUUUCUUAUACAAAUCUCUGAAAGAGUUUGUUUUUUACAUUUAGACAUUAUAAACAAGUCAUACCAGCUGGUGGACAAUGUCAUCAUAAAUUUCCCUUUUGUGUUCCACAGAAGAAGUAAGUCACAAUGCAAGGAAGAGAAAAUGACCUUCAAUUCCAAAACGAUGUGUAAAUACUGGAGAAACAGCACAGCCUGCUGUUGAAAGGCAGAAACAACCCAUUAAAAACCC